CAACGGGUUCGGAGGCGAGUUGCACCGGUUUGGCGGCUGACAACCGACUCUGCUAAGCGGCGCCGAUACGGACUUGUCUCCAUCUCUGCUCCGCCUCCGUUUUGUGAGUGUGCGCGGGUCUCCCGCCGCCUCACCCCCUCCUUUCAUUUCGGUUCACGAUACCACACGACCUGUUCACACAAACACACGCACAGACAGGCCCGAAAUAUCGGCAACAAGCGUGCACGGUUUCAGAGUCAAUCUCGUCCGGCUGAAACACUUGCUGUUGCCCCACGCAAAUUCACACAACGGCAAGGUCACACGACCGACCCAACCCCCUUCAUCUCGGCCCACCAGAGGCUCUGUAGGUCGCCAAGCCUUUCACAAUUCGGGCCCCACGUCUGCAGGACUCUGAGUCGCCCCUCGGCCCAGUUAAUUGCUUAA